UUUACGUAACCUCGCAGCACCACUCACACAUGCCGGCUACAAAGUGAAACAAAUACUUCAUUUAAAACGUUUUUUUUUAAACAUGGCUUCUCGAGCCUUUGCCUCUAAGCUUUUACAGGUAAUAAGAACAGGACGGUUUAGUAGUACAACGACAGGUCAGCUGCACCAGGUGGGAGAGGGAACCACCGGGGCUCUGACCGGCAAGGUGGACCGGUUCGGUGGAGUGACAGUGAACCUGGCUGAGGUCGGUUUACCGGCCGACAUCAGCGAGAACUCAUUCAGCAGACUGCUGCGAGAUUCUUUGCUCCAGUGGAAAGCGGAGGGGAAAGUUGCCGUGUGGCUUCGGGUGCCCAUCUCUCUGAGCCGAUGUGCCGCGGCCGCCUCCACCCACGGCUUCACCUUCCAUCACGCCAGAGAUGACCACGCUGUGUUGGCGGUCUGGUUAGGAGGCGGGGAGAGCAGACUGCCCGGGUUUGCAACCCACCAAAUCGGAGUGGCAGGUGCAGUCGUGGAUGAAUCCAAUGGAAAGGUUCUUGUGGUCCAGGACAGAAACAAGACUAAGAAUGCUUGGAAGUUCCCCGGAGGCUUGUCCGAUCCAGGAGAAAACAUCGGUGCCACUGCCGUUCGGGAAGUCUUUGAGGAAACCGGCGUUCGCUCCGAGUUCAGAUCUCUGCUCAGCAUCCGGCAGCAGCACAACCACCCGGGCGCCUUCGGCAUGUCCGACAUGUACAUCAUCUGCCGACUCAGCCCGCUCACCUACGACAUCGACUUCUGCACGCAGGAGUGUCUGCGCUGCGAGUGGCUGGAACUCGCCGAGUUGGCAAAGACCAACGACACCACACCCAUCACCUCGCGCGUCAGCCGGCUCCUCCUCCACGGCCUGGAGCGAGGCUUCCACCACAUCGACCUCCCCAUGGAGGAGCUGCCCGCCGUCUACUCUGGGAUGUUUUACCAGCUCUAUCACAGACGGCUUCCUACUCUUAGGUCCUAGCCAGACGUCAUUGACGUGAAGAAGUUAGCAUUGCGUUGCUAACUGCGCUAACACAUGAACGUCUGAGUUAUUUAAACUGUAUUUAUGACUGAAAUGAUUUUGCAGUGUAUACACACUAACUGUUACUGUUAAGGAAAUAUGGUGCAAUAGUUAUUCACUUUGUGAAUUUUAAAGAACUGCUGGACCUGCAAGACUGCAGAGUUUUACACUCUUCAGUUAGCCCUUGAUGGCGGCCAUUUUGGAAGUCAACUGUUGUUGGGCCACAAUAGCUGCUACCAGAUAUUUUCAUUUUUCAUGGUACAAAAUGAAGCUGUAAUUUUAAAUAAAAGUGUUUUUGAUUACAAGCUCA